UUUCUAGGUUCAAAUUUCUCCUCCGAGCAACUCCAUUGCAGUCUUCAACCACGUAAUUCUCUCUCUCUCUGCUUCACUAUCACUGCGGCGGUUCGUCAAAACCGUACAUGUAAGCUUGUAUUCCUUCAAUCUCGCUCUCUCGCAGGCUCGGACUCAGAAAGACAUCGCCUGAAUUUCUCUCCACAAAUUUCGGUGUCUGCGAGUGGAGAGUCCACUUCGCUUCCUAAUCCUCUCUCUCUCUCUCUCUCUCCGUCUCUGUCUCUGUCCCCAUUGAACGUCCAAUUUGAUUGAGAGAAUUUAAGCCACCUUGGCCUGAAGUCACGCUCCCCUGCCUCAUUUAACUUUGCUUGGAAUCGAAAACAGAGCAAGAAAGAAAACCAACCCACAACAGGGAUUGAUGGUUGAACCUGAUGGGUGCCCGGAAUCUGUUCUUGCUGGAAACCCACUCUGAUAAUUUGUUUGGUGGAGGAGCAAAAGGCGAUUUCUUAAACCGGUUCCUCCACGGGAACAUGCUGCGGGUCGUGGGCUCCUUCUGGGUUCUGCUCUGCAACUUCUUCCUCUGCGCCCUCGGUUCAGUCAGCCGACAUAUAUUCAGGAUUCAUCACGCAGGUGAUGAGGGGUCUGAGAGUAACGAGAAAAGUUGCCAUUUUUAUGACCCCCAGCAAGAAAAUCAUGAGACCCGUGGUAGCUUAAAGGAGGCAGAGCCUGAUAAAGCGGUUGAGAGUAGUGAAGAAGACGAUCACCACACCUGUAGUGGAGAUGAGAGGGGCUCUCUUCUUUUGGAAGCUUCGUUGAGCAAGUACCAAUUUUCUUUCGGGAACAACAUCAGCAGGUUCGUCGAAGAGCCCAGAGUUCUGAGCUUUACCAUUCAGGAACUGUAUGCGGGUUCAAUUGAUUCUGCCAGUCUUGGGGCUUGUGAUUCUUCUGAUGAAGCUGCGAUAAGCCCUGAGAAAGUCGAAGACUUCGCCGAAGAAAGGAAGUCGGUGGACGGCACCGGUAUUGAGAAUCCUUUAGAGGAGGAGGAAGAAAGGGGGAAUUUCAGUGUUCAUCAGAUCGCUGAGAAGGCAGAGGCGAUUAGUUCUGAAAACGAACUUGUGGGUGAGGAGAAAGUUUCCAGUGAAGGUCGGAAUUUCACGGGAAAUUCAUCUCAAAACGAUCUAGCGUUGGAAUCUGUUGAUUCUAAUGACGGGUUCUAUACGAAUAUUGACAAAGUCGAUUCUUUUACUCGUGAAGCUAUCUUAGAAGCAGGUGAUAACAUUGAUUCUUGCACUGAUAAAGGAUCUCUCUCGGGAGGUUUUUGGCCAUUUGAAGAGGAAGCUGGGGAGGAAGACGAAGAAAAAUCAGACUCAGAGGCAAGUUACAGGUGGGACGAAGAUUUAGCUGACCCGGAAACAGCUUCUUCAAUUGAAGAUCGACAAGACCAAUCUGAUGAUGAUGAUGAUGGUGGAUAUAUAGAAAUGGAGCUGCGAGAUGAGGUUUUCUCGGUCGGAAACUCUGGAGGAGCUGAAGAAGAGUUGGAACAUGGAGAAAGAGGCAAAGCAGAAUUCGAUGAUCAGAAUGAUAUGGACAGUUUGUGGGAGCACGAUGAGAUAAUUGAGCAGCUCAAGUUGGAACUCAAGAACGCGAGAACCGGCGGGCUCCCGACCAUUCUAGAGGAAUCAGAAACGGAAAAGGAGUCGGUUUGUUCUCCUCCUCCAAAGAUGGCUGAUGACCUGAUGAAGCCGCUGAAGAUCACUGAUCAGAAACUCGAGCACAAGGAUCGGGUCAUGGAGAUCCAAAAGGUCUACAAGAGCUACGCUGAAAGGAUGCGAAAGUUGGACGUCUUGAAUUACCAGACGAUGCACGCCAUCGGGCUUGUCCAUCUAAAAGACCCUCUAAGAUCGAAUGCAACUCAGAGGCCAUCGUCCCCCAUGAUUAAAUAUCUGCUCUCGCAAAACUUGUUGCCAAUUAAAUUACGGAGAAACAAGAUUGAUCCUACUGCAAAGUCGAUGGAAGCAUACUACGGGGACCUAGAAAUGGUUUAUGUUGGGCAAGUUUGCCUCUCGUGGGAGAUACUCCAGUGGCAGUAUAGUAAAUCAAGGGAGCUGCUGGAGUCCGAUCCAUACGGGUCGCACCAGUAUAACUCUGUGGCGGGCGAGUUCCAGCUAUUCCAGGUGCUCCUACUUAGGUUCAUCGAGAACGAGCCUUUCCAGGGCCCAAGGAUUGAGAAUUAUGUCAAGAAUCGUUGCGUUGUGAGAAGCCUUCUCCAAGUACCGGCUUUAAGAGAUGAUAGCUUCGGAGAGAAGAAGGCCAAAGGGGGAGCAGAAGACGCCGUACCAUAUCCAGCACUAAUGGAAAUCAUCGAAGAAUCAAUCCGCCUUUUCUGGGAUUUUGUUCGUUCCGAUAAGGAAGAAGGGGAUGCGAUCCACAGAGCUUGCAAGAAAACUCAGUUCAAUCUCCUAGACGCCACAGAUCUCGAGCUUCUGAUUGCCACAAGAAAUCACCUCCAAAAGAAGGAAAAGAAGCUGAAGGACAUAGUCAGGAGUGGGAACUGCAUCGUGAGGCGGUUCCAGAAACACCGGAACCAGGCAGAUCAGACACUGCUACUGGUGUUGGCUCAGGUGGAAGUGAGAUUGAUCUCAAGGGUCCUGAACAUGGCGAAGGUCACGAAAGACCAAGUUCUAUGGUGUUGUGAGAAGCUCGACCGAAUCAACUUUGUCAGCCGGAAGAUUUACGUCGAGCCUUCAUUUUUGCUCUUCCCCUGCUGAGACGAGCAGGGCGGCUGACUUAGGUUUUUAUACAUGAUUUUUACAGUCUACAUAUACAAAAUACACAGCACAGGUUUAGGGCAAUAGGGAUAGGAUUAGCUUCCGCUCGCACCACAAUGUUUCUAUCAUUUGCAUAAAAUGAGAUUCUCCUGGAGGAGUUUUAUGGAAUCCCAGGGAUACCAUACUUUGUUAUCUAUGCCCUGUACAGCAAUAAAGAUCACCAAUUUUCGGAAGA